GUUCGCGCGCAGCAGGCCGGCUGGCUCGGCGUUUCCCCCGAGAAGGCCCGGCGGCGGCGGAUCCGUGACCCGCGACCCGCGACAGAUCUGAACCAUCAUGCCUACUCCCAGGAACAGUCCGAAGAGUAGCCAUGACAGACGAGCGCAUGGUGGCAGACUAGAGUUCCUGUCUCUAAGUCAGAGGGGCCCAAUACCCCCAGAAAGUCCUUCUCGUCGCACGGACCCCGCAGCAGGCCCCGUCCCUCCACAGGCUCUGCCCGAAGAGGACUGCAUGAAACUGAAUCCGUCUUUCGUGGGUAUCGCCCUGCGUUCCUUGUUGGCUGUUGAUCUGUGGGCCUCUAAGCAGCUGGGUGUAUGUGCCGGAGAGGAUUCCUCCUGGGGCAGUGCCCGUCCCCUCAUGAAGGUUAUAGAGGUCUCGGGACAUGGCAUUCCUUGGCUAGCGGGCACCUUGUACGGGCUCUGUAGAAGUGGUAGCUCAGCAGGCCGCGAGGUUCUGCUCAACCUGCUUUUCGCUCUGGUGCUCGAUCUAGCCUUGGUGGCAGCAGUGAAAGGGCUGGUAAAAAGAAGGCGCCCCGCACACAACAAGAUGGACAUGUUUGUCACUCUCUCCGUGGACAAGUACUCCUUUCCGUCAGGCCACGCCACCAGAGCUGCCAUGGUGUGCAGGUUCAUGCUGCAUCAUCUCGUGCUGGCUGUCCCGCUGCGCGUCCUGGUGGUGCUUUGGGCCUUUGCGGUGGGAAUCUCCCGGGUCCUGCUGGGCCGACACAACGUGUCAGACGUGGUCUUUGGGCUGAUAAUGGGGUACAUGCAGUACAGCCUGGUGGAGCACUUCUGGCUGUCCCCUCUCACUGCGCCCACUCUCUUCACGUGGUGGAGUUGAUGCUCCUUACUGGAACAGGUCUCUUUGUCUCGCUACGAACAGUAGAACGUCGUGCUUCCUCUGAUCAGUGAGUUGGAUGGACAAGACUAAAUUGUAAGCCACGCAGGGGUGAGAUAAGAUCAAUCAAAUAAAUAAAUAAGGAAGAGUAGGAACAUUCAUCUUAAGGGGCUAUGUGAGCUGCUUUGGCUAAUUUUGGAAGAGUUGUCCUGCUCUAGCAGGCGGUUGGAGCUGGUGGUCCUGUAGCCCUUUCAGACUCUUCUCUUCCAUGAUUUCAUGAGUUCACUGGUGCCAUCUCACUUUCUGAAUAUCUAACAAGAUGUUUUAAGGGGCUGAAGCAGGAGCGAUCCCGUAAAAUGCUCAAAGAAUCUCACAGGAAAAUUGUUUUUACUCUAAGGACAGGAUCACGUGAGAUGACAUGCCAUGGUGGCUUCUUGCACAGGAUGGGCUGUCGUAUCGUCUGAACCCUGCCAUGAUAUUUUAUCUUGGUGCGUUUGGUUUUUAGAAACCACAGUAAAGAAGCGAGGCCUGAUCUGCGGUUUCCAUGGGCUUCAUGUUGUCUCAAGUCACCCACGCCCAGCAUCAUGGCAUGCAGUUGGCAGAGUCCCCGGAGAAAGCAGCUGCAGCCAUUCACAUGGGAUCUGAUUUCUGAUGCGACCGCUGUCAACAGUGGGAGGGCUGAGUGAAGAGCGGGGAAGCCAUGCUAGCCUGGAAACCCCUGGAUUGUCUGUCAGGCACAUCCUGGCCAAAGAGAGCGCGCUGUGGAAGCCACACAGGGUCGCUUGUGGUGAUGUGUGAACUGAGCCUAACUCUAAUGUGACUCCGGGGCCAACGAGCCAGUCAUUGCAUCUUAUUUGCAUAGGAUUUUUGAUUAGCAGCAAUUAUGUGAACUGGUAAAAAAUGUGCCUAUAUUAGAUACAUCAUAUUGGUAGUAUUGUGCAUAAAUUAUCUAUCUCUCUGUAUAUAUGACUUUUACACCAUAAUUUUCUGAUAGGUAUUGUAUCAACCUGGUUUUGUAAGGUAUGCAUUCCAACCAGCACUCUUGGCUUGUUUUUGAAUUUGUAAUGGGAUGCCUUGUGACACGCUGACCAUUCUGAUUUCGGUGCAAAGUCACCGACUCCCAUUUCUGAAGUUCUCUCUCCUGCAGAGCUCUUCAGCUUUAUUGCACAGAUUGGACAGACCUUGCCAUUGGUCUUGCCUGCAUUGUUCAGGGGCUUGUCAUGUGCUGCCCUCUAGCCAGAGCCUGAAGGAUGAGGGAAAAAACAGGUCUUCCAUUUUUAAAACAAAAGUCUUAGCGGCUAUUGAGGAAGAACAUGGAUUACAUAGCAACCAACGCAUACCUGGACUGGAGGGGUAGCUGGACUUUUUUCUUUCACAAUUAUUCUUGUUUCUUUUCUCCCAGACCUCCCCACCUCUUGCUCUAAAUAAUCUCUUGAAUAUUUACAGCUGCCUAAUUCCCAGUUUUUCCAAUUUGACAUUUCUUUUUAAAGUGUUGCAACAGAUUCUUUAUUUUUACAUGCACUGUAAUAUACAUGGCACUGUUUUCACUUGAAACUUCUGUUAUGAAUGUCCACUGAUAUCCAGAAGAGUCGCUCCUUUGAGUACGCUGCAUCAGUGGAGCAGGAUCGUGUCCCAAGACACGGGUGUUGGUCCCAUGGGAGACUGAAGUGGCCUUGUGAUAUUCCAAUAGCAUGGCAGAAACAGGAAUGGGGAAAGUGCUCGCUCAAGUUGUGAUUGCAAGCACCAUUCUGCCUGAAGAAUCAAGCUGAUGGACGGACGGAAGGAAGGAUCCUUUCUGGGAGAAGCGUGAAGAACCUGCUGCUUCCCACUUCACGCUUUCCAAAAGCGUAAUCAGAUGUGGGUGCUUCAAGGCAGCUCUGAAGUAUGUCUCCUUUCUUGACUCCCAAAUGCGAACGAAAGGAUAAUGGCGAAAAUCAUCUGUGCUGCAGUGCUGUUCUCUUGCGAUGGGGAACCGUACUCGCCGUCCUGAGUGCAGCCCUGUGAAUACACUGUGCUGUGCAGAAGGCUGAAACGAUCCGAUUUUCUCGUCUGACUUGCACCCUUCCCACUGUCCGGCCGCCCGUGUGCGGCAGAGCCAAGCCCUGUGAGGUGCUGCUGGCGGCAGGGCAACCUGCGAGUGAAAGGGUAGCCCAGCUGAUGUCGGAAACUCGUUCUUCCUUUGCAGUGCAGUCCUAGGCCAGUCUGUUCUGAGAACGUACCUUUCACCAUGUAUUGUAUUCGCCAUGCAUGCACUUAACUUUUAAAGCACAGAACUUGAAAGAAUUUAUAAAUUUGAGAAGCUGUGGAAAAGCUAUUCUGGACCUCUAGUCCAGAAUUCUGGAAUAUUUUUUUCAGCCUUUUUUGUUUCAAAAAGCUGCUGGGAUCACUCUGUAGCCUGUGUUCCCCAUCCCUCAUAUGUUGGCUAGAUACUGCCUGAUGUCUAUAGUUAAUUGAGCCAGGCACUGUUGCUAGGCUGUCUGGACCUGGUGAGUGGAUCUUUCAAACCGCCCUGGAACCCUAGAACAACCCGUGGCUUACAGGGUGCGUUGGAAGUCGCCCCACUGCCUCAUCUUGGCAGGUCUGGGCAACAUGGCAGUCUGGGCCUAUUGUGAAGAUGAAGUGGCAGGGCAAAGGAGCCUCCACGGGUUAUUUUCCUUCCCGCAACCUCCAAACCCAGCAAGCACGUGUCAGUCACUCUGAAGCACCAUGCAUUAAUCGCUGUGCGAGAGGCUUCCGGUUUAUCAGAUCUACUGCAUCAUUUACUUGAACUGCAAGACUGUAAACUGGUAUGGUGCAAACGGCACGUGCUUAGCAUUUAAGUGAUGCCGAAUCCAGGCAUUUGUGUUUAGCACCAGCACUGAAUGCAGGACGCUUGUCCACAUGAAAGUUACCCGUGGCUUCGCUAAGCUUUUAGUGUUUCAGCAGAACCUCCUGAGAGGAUGAGGGGGAAGGCUCAUUUGUUGUUGCUCUUGUUAAACAAGCGGGAUUUCAGAAUCCUUGGGUGUCAGCUACUUAUCCUGCCUCUUUCGCGCUGUGGGUCUCGCACUGGAUUCGGUCAACAGGGCAACAGAUAACUGGCCGUCGUGGCGCACUAACGGCGUGUCGGGUGACUCCAGCCCGCUCCCCCGCGGGUGGCUCGUUUGUGGGGGCGGACUGCCCUGCCAGCCCGGCAGCUGCGCCCGGGCCGCUGUGCCCGCGGUGGUUUGCCGCCGCAGCGCCUGGGCCGGGGCGGACCACUGAGCGACUUGCCGGGCCUCUUGCGGAGCACGCGUGGGCCGCCGCCACUGAUGGCCAUUCGCCCCAGUGGUCCUUUGGAGCACCUGCACUGGCUCGCCGCCCCCCCCCAAGCCCCCGCUGCAGACCCCGCGGCCGAUGUCCCCUUACCCUCUUUUUGGAGAUGGGCUCCUGUCGGGAGGGACUGCCCACGCGCGGCUCGAGGGCCCGCUGGCUCCCCUGCCGCUGAGCGGCAGCCCAUCGUUAGGGCUUUUCUGCGCGCCUGUGCUUUCCUUCUUCGUCGGAUUUUCUGAGUUGCACAAUUGAGCGGUUCUGGUUGUCCCGAAGGCCCGGCCUCGCUUUAACGGCGCGCCAGGUGCGUGCUCUCCCGACCUGCAGUUCAUGCUGUACAACACCCACGCAGUUGCGCAGGCAUUCCACUCUCAGUGCUGGAACGUUUGCAACUUUCACCCUUAAAAGGCGCAGGCGGGCUUUUGCCUUUUAUCAUUGGGUUCGUCUGUUAACUUGCAUUUCACUUCAGUCUCCCAUUUGAAGCGGACUUUUCUGCCCAGCUAGUUUUGGCAUUUUCCCGUGUGGAUCCUCUGCAUGGGUGGCAUCACGUCCCCAGGAGGGAGCGGCUCAGAGUCCCACAUCCCUUGCAGUCCGGCUCAGUUUUACAUUCCACAUUAACCUCGGGGGACCCCACGUUUAUAGACUGGCGAAAAGCAUUUGUCUGGCGGACUUGAGUGGAUAGACUGAUUUUUGGUUUGGAUGAGCUUGUAGCUCCUGGUGGAUAUGAUUUCCCAGCUAGAAUUUGUUAGAACAGGGUGCAGCCCUGCAGGUUUUGCAACUUGAGAGCCUCCUUUGUUACUGGCAGGCCCUGGGUGAGUCUGAACAUUUGGUGCUGCUACACCAUGUAGACUUAUAAAUAUCCAUUAUCAGGGAACAAAGACAAUGCUCUGAGUCUUCAGAAUAGAAUCCUGAAUUGGCGUUCUUUGUUUUGUCCAACUGAUCGAGUUCUUUGUUGGCAUCUAUUUGGAAGUGGUGAAGUGUCUGAAGUUACAUUUAAUUCAACAAAAAUGAUGUUUCAAGUAUAUUGUAUACAGUGCAGCCAGAAUCCUUCCUCGCUCAUGUGUUUUGUCAAUGGCUGCUUUCUUCUGGGAGGAGGCGAUUUGGGUAAAGUUUGUCUUGGAAAUGCCUUCACUGUUUGCAGGGUGCAUGUUCUCCUUCAGCACCUUCCUGUCUCUUGGAAUUUAACAAGGGGGCAACGUAGCGUGGGAAGGAUGCGUGGCCCUCCCACAGCGACACAGCCGGGGACGCCGAGGACACGCUUGGCCGUGAAUGGGCGACUUUUAGGGACAGGCAAAUAUUUGCUCGGCCUCUGUUGAAAUUUAUGCAUCGUUGCCUUUAAGAAUAGUCCUAUGUCUCGCUAUAUAUACAACAUAUAGGGGUAUGUUGUACACAUACAACAUAUGUGUGUAUUCAUGGCAAUAGACUCAGUUAAGUUUCAUGUAAGAACAUUUCCGUAUUUUCUUUUUCCUCAUUUUUCUUCUUUUGAUUUUAAAAUGCACAGUAAGAAACAUAAUUUUAAAAACAGGGUGGGCUGAUGAAUAGCUUAUGCUGGGUUUCCCUUCUCAAUCUUUGUUGUUCCACAAGUAGGUUUGCUGCACCCCUGGGUGAUUACUGCGUCCGCUUCAUCGAGGGCGGGGGGUCUUACGGGCAUGCCUUCAGUCAGAGCGCAGCCCUCGCCUCACAAAGCCCAGCUAGCCUGUCCUGCAAAUAGCGUUUCAGUGAGAGGCACGCCACCUCUGCUCUAGUAGAAGUUCAGCUUGCAGGCCGGGCGAGGCUGGUGCUGAGGCUCACCGCGGCGUCCCUUCAGCUGUGGCUCGCGCGGGCACGCGAUCCGAAUGCAGGACGCGGCCCGUGCUGCAGAUGCGCGGCUUGGUUGCGGGGUGGGACUGGGAAACUGACUGGCAAGCACGACUGGCAGCUGGAAGGAGUCUGCUGAGGCAGCGAUCCUCUGGUUGCUUUGAUCUGGUGUGAGAAUUCUCUUGUUUCGGGGAGCAUGUGCUUGCCAAGCAAGAUGUACCGUCGCUUGAAAAUGCAGCAGCCUGAUUGCGUUGGGCUUCACUGUGGUUUUCGACAGCGCAGCUGUAUAUAUUCUCUUCCCUAGCACAAUUUUCUGGUCCUGCAUCGGUGUCGUGGAACAUCAUUACUCGAAUAUUAAAGGGUUGAGCAUUUA